UCGGCAUAAAAGUUCAACUUGCCAGUGAAAAAGAUGGUCGCUAAGAAGCAGGUGAAGAAGGUGAGCGGCAGGAAGGCCGAGCGCUCGACCCUGCGCAAGAGCAUCACCCCCGGAACCGUCGCCAUUGUCCUCGCCGGGCGUUUUCGCGGUCGCCGUGUGGUGAUUCUGAAGCAGCUGCCGCGUAAUGGGGUGCUGGUGGUCACCGGCCCUAUGAAGUUCAACGGCGUGCCGAUUCGCCGUAUCGAUCCGAGCUAUAUCAUCGCCACGAGCACAAAGAUCGAUAUCGCGUCUGUUGAUACGAAGGACAUCACCCCCGAGGUGUUCGCCCGCCCGAAGGCUGAAAAGCCAGUCAAGAGCGAGGGAGACUUCAUGGGCGAUAAGCGCAAGAAGGCCGCGGAGAAGGUCGCCAAAAAGACAAGCAAGGCCACCAAGAAGACCAUUGUCUCGGAUGCCCGCGCGCAGCUCCAGAAGAAGGUGGAUUCCGCCCUCAUUGAGGCUAUCAAGAAGGACAAGCUGGGCUCUGAAAAAGCAGGCUAUCUUCGCUCUGUCUUCACGAUCAAGCCUGGCGAUGCUCCUCACCGCUGGAAGUGGUAA